UCCCGAGAAGCCGUGUUGGGGGGUGAGAACCGGUGAGAAAGAACCGAGUACUCCCUGCUUGAGAUCAUAGCUCCCCUCUUCCGGUUUCAGUCUAGCUUUUAAUAGACAACUCUGUGAAAAGCUCUCUGAAUUUAAAGUGUUUGGCCGGCAGAAGUUAAGCACUCACCACAUUUUCUAGUUUAACACUGUUCCCUGCGGGGGGUGGGGGCGUCUACCAGGCAUGGCUCAACCCAAGCCACUCUUCAUCCCCUGGUUGAAGGCCAGGAUCGACAGCGGGCUGUUCCCCGGGGUAGACUGGACCGACCCGGGCAGGACUGAGUUCUCCGUCCCCUGGAAGCACGCCCUGAGGCAGGACUCCUCCAGCACGGACAUCCUCAUAUUCAAGGCCUGGGCGGAGGUGAGCGGCAACGGCCAGGCCCAAGGGGACCCCUCCGUCUGGAAGAGGAACUUCCGCAGCACCCUUCGGGCCAAGAAGUUCGUCAUGGUAAGGCGGCAGGCGAGGCAACCACAACCACAAAGUGCAUGUUUAAAGCCUUCAGAAAUCUCAGACGGGAUCAUGGAAUCAGCGGAGUGUGAGUCAUCGCCCCCUGUGGAGUCCCAGGAAGAGGAGGAGCUCUCCACUCCGGUCCAGGAAGAGAACCAACAGGACCCGUUCAUCUUUCUAGAUCAGAACGUUGAAACCAUCUUGCUCCAAGAAGACAACAUCUAUCUAGCCACCACCACCAUUAACGACGACGACCUCCAGGACUGCCUGAUGGCCCUCAACAUCCAACCUUCAGUAGACACCGCUGCCAUGCCGGAGGAGCUUCCCCAGCCCGUUGAAGACCUUGCUUGUGCCAGCUGGCGGGCGCCACAGCUGUCCCCCAUGGCGACGGGCGGAGAGGCUGCUGCUGAGGGGCAUCCGACCACGGAGGGGGUGCCCGUUGGGGCGGGGGGGGCGGGGCAGCAGCAGCCCGUGGCGGAGCAGUUCCUUCAGUCUCUGUCCCAGACCUGGGUGGACGACGCCUUCAAGACACAGUUCAAGGUGUCAGUGUUCUACAGAGGGGUGCAGGUUUCUGAGAAUCUGGUGGAUAACGAAGCUGGUUUCAGACUUGUCUACAGCCCGGAGAUGAGGAGGGGGGAGGUGGACCACCAGUCAGGCCUGACCCUGGUGACCCUGCCAACACCCCCCGUGACCUUCGACUCGGUGCAGAACCGUCUCACCCAGCAGGUGCUGGACAGUCUGGGGGCGGGGGUGGACGUGGGCGUGUCGGGCUCCGUGGUGUACAGCCAUCGCCGUGGAAACGCCAGAGCGUUCUGGAGCCGCUGUAAGUUCGACCGCAGCCGAGAGCCGCAGCAGGUGGCCAAGAUGGAGCCCCAGGCCCUCUUCCGGUUCCAGGACUUUGUGGGAGGGAUACAGGAAUUCAUCGCGGGGGGGAAAUGUCCGUCCUGCUGUCUGUACAUCUGUCUGGGGGAAGAGUGGCCGGGCAGAAGGCCCUGGGAAAAGAAGCUCGUGAUGGUGGAGGUGGUGUUCACGUCUCUGGAGUUCCUGAGGAUGAUGGCGGAGGAUGGGGGCGCCUCCUCCCUGCAGUCAGUGGAACUGCAGAUGUCUCUGACGGAGAUGAUGGAAGUGGAAUAGGUCAGCGAGAGGCCUCAGACCUCAUGGGAAAAGUAGUCAUUAAAUGGAGUCCUAAGCUCUUGGAGGGGGCGUCUUUAUCAUGUUUACAUC